AUGAUUGAUGCAUGCAUAGUCAAGUCCCCAUUAUGUAAAGAUGUCAAAGUGUUACAUUUGAAGCAGAAUAUGAGGUCUAUCAACGAUGAAGAGUUUGCUGAGUAUAUACAACACAUUGGUGAUGGGAAUGAACCAUAUAUAAUGGAUGAUUUGAUUAAACUACCCCCUUCAAUGGCAAUGCAAUGGGAGGGUCAACAUUCUAUAUACAACUUGAUUGAUCAAGUUUUUCCAAGUUUGCAAGAACAUGCCAAUGAUACAAAGUAUAUGGUUGAUAGGGCUUUACUAACACCUAUAAAUGAUGAUGUUGAACAGCUUAAUGCAAAGAUAAUUUUCCAGUUUCUAGGAGAUGAGUUUACGUUACAUUCUUUUGAUGAGGUUGAAGGAGAUACACAACAUCUAUAUCAACAAGAAUUCCUAAAUUCUAUAUCUCCAGGGGGUUUACCACCACAUAUAUUAAGGCUAAAAAAGGGUGCUCCAAUUAUGUUGCUAUGCAAUAUAGAUCCAAAAGCCGAAUUAUGUAAUGGUACAAGAUUGAUAUGCCGGGGAUGUUUUAACAAUGUAAUUGACGCUGAAAUUUUGACUGGACAAUAUGUGAGUACAUGCGUUUUUUUGCCAAGAAUCCCUUUGAAGACAACAGAAAAUGUAAACCUGCCAUUUGUAAUGAUUAGACAACAAUUUCCUAUACGUUUGAGCUUUGCACUUACAAUAAACAAAGCGCAAGGUCAGACAAUUCCAACUGUUGGGAUUUAUCUUCCUGAUCAUGUUUUUAGUCAUGACCAAUUAUAUGUGGCAUUGUCAAAGGGAGUCUCCCAAUCCACCACAAAACUAUUGGUGCAAAAAGAAAGAAUACUUGAGGAGGAAGGAAGGAUGUCCAACUCAAAUAUGAGGAUUGAGUCCACUAUGCUAAAUAAUGGAGUGCAUGCUAUUCCUACUACUUAUUGGGAGAAGUGGAAGGAUGAUCAAUCAAUAUCGAACAUGGAGGCCAUUGAAAACAAGGUUCAAAAAUUGCAAAUUUAUUCACCUGGUUGGGGAUUCACUGUUCGAGCUGAUAAGAAAGAGCUUUGGAAAUAA